AUGGCUACAAUAUCUUUUGCUAAAAGUUUGGUUAACCCAGCCGUCAAAUUACUGUUGAAACAAAGUCAUUGUUCACACAUAAGAACUACUACUUUGCCUGGAUUGACGCCAUUGAGCAUUAUCCUCAGAAGAAAUUAUGCAGAAAAACAAGUAUUUGAGCGAACAAAACCUCACUGCAAUGUUGGUACUAUUGGACAUGUUGACCAUGGCAAAACAACACUCACAGCAGCAAUUACUAAAGUACUAUCGGACCUUAACUUAGCUCAGUCAAAAGGUUAUGCAGAUAUUGACAAUGCACCAGAAGAAAAAGCCCGUGGUAUUACUAUUAAUGUGGCUCAUGUGGAAUAUCAAACAGAUGCCAGACAUUAUGGACAUACAGAUUGCCCAGGGCAUGCGGAUUAUAUCAAGAACAUGAUCACUGGUACGGCCCAAAUGGAUGGUGCUAUCCUGGUAGUGGCUGCCACUGACGGUGUGAUGCCACAAACUAGAGAACAUUUAAUUCUUGCCAAACAGAUUGGCAUUCAACAUGUUGUAGUUUUUAUUAACAAAGUAGAUGCUGCUGACCAGGAGAUGGUGGAGCUUGUUGAAAUGGAAAUCAGAGAACUAAUGACAGAAAUGGGCUAUGACGGUGACAAAAUUCCUGUUGUUAAGGGUUCUGCUCUAUGCGCAUUAGAAGGAAAAAGCAAGGAAAUUGGUGCCGAUGCAAUCACCGAAUUGUUGAAGGAAGUCGACUCAUUCAUUCCCACUCCUGUUCGCGAAUUAGACAAGCCAUUCCUCUUGCCUGUUGAAUCUGUUCACUCUAUUCCUGGACGAGGUACCGUUGUUACAGGACGAUUGCACAGAGGUGUUCUAAAGAAAGGCACUGAAUGUGAAAUUAUUGGUCAUGGCAAAGUUAUGAAAACCACUGUGACAGGAGUUGAGAUGUUCCACAAAACUCUUGAUGAGGCUCAGGCUGGCGACCAACUUGGUGCACUGGUUCGUGCUGUUAAGCGUGAACAAAUCAAACGUGGAAUGGUUAUGGCCAAACCUGGCACAGUCAAAGCUCAUGAUAGCAUUGAAGCAGCAGUCUAUAUUUUAAGCAAAGAGGAAGGUGGUCGCCAGAAACCUUUUACAUCAUUUAUUCAAUUACAAAUGUUCUCCAUGACUUGGGACUGCGCUACCCAAGUUCAAAUUCCAGACAAAGAGAUGGUGAUGCCUGGUGAAGAUACUACGUUGCGAUUACGUCUUCUGAAGCCAAUGGUUUGCGAAGCUGGUCAAAGAUUUACAUUACGUUUGGGAGACUUGACCCUUGGCACUGGAGUUAUUACCAAAAUUAAUAAUAACUUAUCUGAAGAAGAGAGAUUGAAGCUCUUGGAAGGCAAAAAGGCAAGGGAGAAGGCUGCUGCCAAGAAGUAA